GUGAUCGUUUAUGUGCGGGUGUCUAUUUCAUCUACGUGCCUAUUGUUGUUACGAGAACUGGGCGUGAACACCACAACAGACUAGAUUCUAAUACAACACAUAUACCAUGGCGUGGUCAGAUGUACUGCAGGCUGUACUCGUGCUUCCGUUCACAGCGGGGAAUUCGAGGACAGUUCGGAACCGACCUGUUCAUUUAGACGGAACGACAUCCACCGUUGUCAUCAGUAUUUUCUUUUUCUCCUUUAUAUUACUGCUAGUGAAUGGUAUUAUAGACAAAGAAGACACUCGCAUAAGCUUCGUCGGGAUCAAAGUUAUUCUAUCCAUUGUUGUCUCCCUUGGCUUGCUGUCCUGUGUGGCUGUUAUCAUUGUCAUCAAGGUCAAAGGCUUCAACUCAAUAAUGGAGCGUCGACGGGAGGUGACGAGUUCUCGUCUCCAGAAGGUUGUUUUGUGGAUUUUUGGGAUCCUGUCUGUUGUAUAUUGCUUCCUGAAAAGUGCCCACAUAAUAGAGUGUAUCCACACUCUCGAUUCCAAUUACAAGUACCACGCCCCAAUCAUGGACUGUGUAUACUACGCUAUAAUACUUGGAUUCCUGCCCGUACAAAUGUUAUCACUAACCUAUCUCACGCCUUACCGAUUCAAAAGAUGUUGGCAGAUUCAUUAUGUGAUACUGGUAGUACUAGCCUCUAAUCUCACGAUGUGGGUUUACGGUUUGAAGACACAUAGCCAUUCUCAUGUAAACCUCAAAAACGUCACGUGGAAUACCAACUGUACAAAUCAAACAUUUACACAUAUGCUUCAUGUCUCCGAAAACAUUCUGCCUCCAAUAUUUUUGGAAUAUUCUAUGUUAGCAAUUACGAUGACACACAAUUUAUCUGUUAAAUGGGAAACUUACAAUGACAGAAGCGAAAAUACAAUCCUAGAGACCCAUAGUCUGACAGAAACAAGUGAAAGCACUUUCGAAGAAGGCGACAGUACUGUUCCAAUCAAUGCUGAAACUCCAUUAUUGUCUGAAUUAUCAAGAUCUUCCCUAGGUCAGAGGAGAGACAAGAAUAUGUUCCUGUUCUACGUCGUUUUGAUGUUAUGGGGAUUGCUUUCUGUUGGUAUUUUCAUCGGAUACAUUGUUCAAGUCACUAUCUACAAUGAAAUUCAACAGAAAUGGACCGCUAGUUUAGAACUGGUCAUUGCUGUCAUGAUGGCGAUUUGUACAUAUUAUGGAUAUCAUUUUGUGGCACGAGACACCAAUCCUCCUUUCAAGUCCGAUCCAAUUUCCGGAGGCGAAUACGUGUUUAUUCUUUCUUCAAUUGGUUCACUGUUAGGAAGUACAUUUCGCGUGAUGACAUCCCUAAAAUUGAAAACUCCCAAUUAUGUGAUUGCAGUUUCUCGGGGGAUCUUUGGUACUCUUUCCUACUUACAGACUGUCCUUAUCCUUCACGCUAGCCGCUGCAGCCCGAAGCACCAGUGUCGAAAUAAAGCAUCACUGAAGCGCACUUUGCUGAUACUGUCAUUGUACAAUUUAGGGGCUUGGACCAUCGAGAGCUUUAUAUUGGGUAGCUUUCCUAGUUUAAGGAGCGCAGAGAAACAAUAUCUUGACCAGGCCCUGUGGGAAAUAAGUUACCAGGUUUGCCAUCCUAUGAAUGUCUUCUUCAGAUUCGCCUCAGCUCUGGAAUUAUAUGAGUUGUAUAAGAAAUAUGGAGGCUAAACACGUAGAGUGCCUUUUGUCCGCCAACUUCUGUGAAUGAGUGUAUCAGACUUUGUAUUUGUUCUAAAGGUUAGGAGAAACUUAUACACCAUCGCUUUUCUAAAGUCGAUAAACAUCGCUGAUACGAGGUCUCUAUAUUUUUAAAAUUGUGUGGACUGGUUUCAAUAACAUAAGAUCUGUGACGAAAAGUAUUGCCUACCUUCCAGAGCAAAUGAUUGUGUCUCCAUGUUUUGCU